AUGGUCGGAUGUGUUCAACAUUUCCAAUCGGUGCUAUUUCUGACCACUGAAAAAUUUCAACGUCGACGGGUAAUGGAUUUCAUUUCCUGGACCCUCGAAGUGCAGUAUGCGGGUGGCUUAUUCGCUGCGGGCACGGGGUUGGAGCAAAACUUCCUUAAGGAGGUUUCAACAUCUCUUUUUGUAGCUGCUGAAAUGGCACUUUCGUGCGUCAGUCAAGUUGGACCAAAGCCAGGUCUCAGCAUUUCCGCCGCUGUGGAUGCGAUUGUUCUUGCUGAUUUGACACCCCUUGUCAACUGUCGAAUUUUCGCCAGUAUUAUGGUGAACCUUUCCAAACGUAGAGAUCCGCGUGCCUUCAGCAUGUGGUUCUCCGAUGACUUUAAUACCUAUGCCGAAUUCUUCACCAAUCUGGAAGCUGCUUUUGCGUUGUGGAAACCCUAUGAGUCCAUCCCAAACCCCUCCGACUUCCACAUUCCACGCUUUCUGAAUCUCAGCAUUGAUCACAAACAACUCUCCUAUGCGGUGGAGCAAUUCCUUACAUCCAUCACGAUAGAAAUUUGCAGAUCAGUGCGUCACCUACCGAACGAGAUCUUCUCCUUUUUGGAGACUGCACUUUUGGAGGCAACACUCCAUGCCUCACCGAUCAUUUCAAUUGUCGCUCAAGAUAUCUGGUGCUUCGUUGUCAGAUACGGUAGCGCCGAACUCUGCUGGCAGUAUGUGACACUGCUUGGCAAUGCAAUACUUUGUCUAGCUGAGAGGUACUCCUCUUCCACCAGUGCCACGCCCCUCUUCAAGGCGCAUCCACCCCUCGAACAAAUGUCACGUCUGGGCUACCUUCUUUCGCGUUUCCUCAUUUUCCUGACAGCACGUCAACAGGUAGGAGCACCAGUGCAUUUAAUGCUCUUUGUGGUCGUCUAA